AUGGCAGAGAUGCUCCUGAAAGCACAAAAGUAUGUAAAUGUUGAAGAUGCUUUAGCAGCCAUAAAGGAUGUAAAGAAGCCAGGAGACAAGGGAAAGAAGGAAGACGAGCGUAGGGGUCAAAAGAGGGAGCGCCCAAAUUGUCGGAACAAUGACGGGAACAGAAGAAAGGAUGAUAAAGGUCCUUGGAUGGACGAGCACUAUCUCAAAUGGCCGAGACCAUUACACUCAUCCCUUAACGUCCGUGAUAAGAACAAGUACUGCCGAUUCCAUAAGGAUCACGGCCAUAACACAGAAGAUUGUAGGGACCUAAAAGAGCAAAUAGAGGAGUUGAUACGGAAAGGAAAAUUACAGAAAUAUGUAAAGAAGGGGGAAUAUAGUAAGUUCAAAGACGGCAAUAAGAGCCAACAUGAGUCCUCUUCCAGGAGUGACGAUCGCCCGUCCCAACCUCCACAGGAUGUGAUCGGGGAGAUAAAGACGAUUAUGGGAGGGCCCUUCUCAGGAAGGUCAUUUAAAUCCCUUAAGAAAGCGUACCAAAGGCAAGUGAAUAGCGUCCACACGAUACCUCCAUUAAAGCAGCAACAAACAGACUGGGACAUGUCCUUCAGUGAAGUGGACGCCAGGGGAGUGAGGCAGCCCCACAAUGACCCUUUGGUUAUAAUGCUAAAUAUAGAGGGAUUCAAUACCAAAAGGAUCCUCGUGGAUAAUGGUAGCUCCGCAGACAUCAUCUACCUCCCUGCUUUCCAGCAGCUGAAACUAGAUCCAAGGAGACUGCGCUCAUUUGACUCUCCCCUCGUCAGCUUCAACGGAGACAGGGUAUAUCCUAGGGGCAUAGUGACGUUGACAGUAACAGUGGGGACCUACCCGAUGCAGUUGACCUGUCAAUUAGACUUCUUAGUGGUAGACUGCCCCUCAUCUUACAAUGUCAUCAUUGAGAGGCCCACGCUCAACAAAUGGAAAGCAGCCACGUUCACCUACUGUUUGAAGGUGAAAUUCCCAACAGAUAAUGGUGUCAGCGAAGUAAAAGGAGAUCAAGUCUUAGCUAGAGAGUGUUAUCAGGCCAUCCUGGCUGCAAAGGAGAACCAUACAUGGAUGAUUGAAGAGAAGAAAGAAGGCAAAAUGGAAGCUUUGGAAACAGUGGAACUGGCUGGAGGAGAAGCAAACAAGACGACGAAGAUAGGGACGACGCUAAGCCCUGAGAUGAGAACAAGACUCAUCCAGUUCCUCAAAGAAAAUCUAGAUGUCUUCGCAUGGAGCCACGAGGACAUGCCGGGCAUAGCUCCAAAAGUCAUCCAGCAUAAGUUGAAUGUGAACCCGGAAAGAAAACCCGUCCAGCAAAGACGAAGAGUCUUUGCCCCAGAACGAGACUAA